AUGCCCCAAAUAUCUCGGCAGGCGCGCGAGUACUCAAGCUUUGACAGGUGGCGCGCGGACAAGCUCCGCGAGCGGCGCGUCGCGUGGGACCCGCAGCGCUCCUUCCAGGCGCCGCUGACGGCGCAGCAGGAGGUGGGGUGGCACGCCCUCAAGCCGCGGUUCAGGAUGCCCACCGACGUCGUCAAGCUGUCCAGCACCGACGUGACGAAGCGCGAGGGGCGCACCGCCACGAGCUACUAUGGCUACAUGAACAUGCUCGGGGCAUAG